GCUAUGAUUGGUUCAUCAAUCACAUUGCAAUUGACAAAAUUCAGUCUUCAUUAUGGAUGUUAUUAAAUCGUCACUCAUGUCUAUGCCUUUUCAAAAAGAAUACAAUAAAGGAGCUGAUUUUUAAUGUGUAUCAAGACAAUGAGUUCUUGUUCCACUAAGUCGGAUGCCCAGCUGUAUCCAAAUAUCGCAAUCAUAUUUAUCAUCUUAAGAUAAUGGAAUCCAAUGGGCAGAAAAGUGACUUCAAAAUAAAGAAAAAUAGUUGACUUCCGUAGCACCUAUCCCGAUCCUUCAAUACAAGACUGCUGUUCUUUACAACUCAGAGGAUAAUGUAUGAUCUUAUAAAUAUAAUGAUUUAACAAAUCAUGGUCCGAAUGCCAAAUUAAAUACUAUAAUUUAAUCAGACCCGUACGAGUUCACUUUAUAGAACUAAAGAGGCAGAUCAAUAUGUAAGAAGGCAGAUUAGAAGAUGAAGUUGUCAUGUCAUAUCUUCAAUCUGAUGAGCGUCUAUUGGGAUGGUGGUCUUUGUGCAUUCCCACGCUUCAUUAUAGUUUUUUAUAUCAUUACCAUUUGGCUUCUGUUUUCAGUGUUGGUUGGGACUUCAAGUAUUGGACCUAUUUGUUGUAAAGUUGGGAUCUUUCGUUUGUACUGUAACUUAUCUUUUUUUCAGCUUUUGGUUUUGUGCCUAUUUGCAGACCCAUACCUGCUCUGCUUGAACCUAACGAGGUUUACAGCAUUCCCUCUUCUUUUGGCCAACUUUUAGUUUCUUAUAUAAACAGGCUGUGUUUAUGAAACUUGGUCUAAUUUUUACUUCUAUGCUUAUAGAGUUCUGAAUAACUACAGAGCAAACAAUUUGUUGGGUUGAUAAGAAUGAGUAAAAUACCUGGCAGAGUUUUGCUGUUUCUGUUCUUCAACCUGCUUUCUUCUUUGGUUGUCCACGCCAUAGCCAACAGUAGCGACAGCAAAACGCAAGAUUUCAAAGUAGAAGGCUGUGAUCACGGCUGGUCUCACUGUAAGCAAGCGAUAACUCCUCAGCCAUCAUCUCUUUUGCCUGUUGAAGCAGAGGUUUUGAUAUUUGAAGACCUGAGGCUUUCAGUGGUGUACCCUGUGAUUCAAAAGUUCAAGUCAGUUAUCACCUCGGACCCUCUAGGAAUCACUAAAACAUGGGUUGGAUCGGAUAUAUGCAAAUACAAAGGCUUUUACUGUGACAACCCACCGGACAACAAAUCUGCCACGGCGGUCGCAUCUAUUGACUUCAAUGGUUUCCAACUCAGUGCACCAUCCCUCGAUGGCUUCCUCGAUCAGCUCCCUGACAUUGCUGUUUUUCAUGCCAAUUCCAACAAUUUUGCAGGCACCAUCUCCACAAACAUUACCAGGCUCCCUUACCUAUACGAGCUUGAUGUGAGCAACAACCGAUUGUCUGGUCCUUUUCCCGCUGCUGUUGUUGGUCUAAACAGCCUCACCUUCUUAGACCUUCGGUUCAAUUUCUUUACUGGGUCAGUCCCACCUCAAGUCUUCGUCCAGGACCUUGAUUUUCUCCUCAUCAACAACAACAAUUUCAUGCAGAGUCUCCCAGACAGUCUUUCCAGCACCCAUAUUCUCUACCUCACAUUAGCCAACAAUAAAUUCAGUGGUCCAAUUCCCGGUGGCAUAGUAAAAGCUUUGUCAUCUCUGACUGAGGUUCUUCUCUUAAACAACUCACUAUCAGGGUGUCUGCCUUAUGAGUUAGGAUCACUUGACGAAGCAAUCGUGUUUGAUGCCGGCAGCAAUCGACUAACAGGACCAUUGCCCUUUUCCCUGGGUUGCCUAAAGAACGUGGAGCAGUUGAAUUUCGCAGGAAAUCUACUGUAUGGUAUGGUGCCGGAAGUCAUUUGUGCGCUUGGAAAUCUGGUAAAUCUAUCUUUGUCGGACAAUUAUUUCACAGUUGUUGGGCCUCUUUGUCGGAUGUUGAUAGGAAGAGGUAUAUUAAAUAUUAGGAACAAUUGCAUUCCAGAUCUGCCUUUCCAGAGACCAAUUGUUGAAUGUGCAAAAUCCCUAGCAUUUCCGAGAAUCUGCCCUCGCAUGUGGUCUUACACUUUCAUGCCCUGCAUGCUUCCCCCUUUUAAUCCCCCAAUUUCUUUCAUUCCCAAAUACUGGCCACAUUUGCCCUAGUUUUAUACAUUCCGAGCCUCAUCUCGGAAGCGCAUUGUCUGUGUUUUUCAAUUGUAAUUCCAAGAACAUUCUCAGUUACAUCUUCCAUCAACCCCACAGCAAGGGGAAACGGAUUUAUACACUACAAUUCAUUAUCGUUCCCUAAUUCAGAACAUUUCCCGUCGGGACUAUGGCAUUA